CAUCUAUCCGGGAUUCGGUUGCAUUGGGACACUCAGUCUACAUCAUGGGGGAUAUUGUUCUUGCGUUCGACAUCUAUGGCACACUGCUCUCGUUUGAGGCUGUCACUCAUGAGCUGGAGCGCUUCUUGAACGAUGAGACCCGGGCCCGGACCGUGGCACAGACAUGGAGACGCUACCAGCUUGAAUACACCUUCAGACUGAACAGCAUGGGACGCUAUCAUACCUUCCUGGAAGUCACCAGGAAUUCCCUUCUGCAUGCCCUGGAUGAUACGGGUACCUCGCUGAGAGACAAGGAGAUCGAGCAUCUUAUGGCGACCUACAAUAGCUUAACUCCCUUCCCCGAUGUGGAGGACGCUUUGAAUCAGCUUUCAGCUUUUCCACAAGUCACAUCCGUCAUCUUCUCAAAUGGCACCCGGGGCAUGAUCUCCAAUUGCGUGGAGAGCUCGACGGUUCUAUCGCAGCACAAAGCACUCUUCCGAGAUGUUGUCAGCGUUGACGAAGUGAAGCAGUACAAGCCCGCUCCGGCAGUCUACAAUUAUCUGGCAAAGUGCGUCGGCCGAAAUCAGUCAGAGAUGAAGGAUAUCUGGCUAGUCAGUGGCAAUCCAUUUGACAUUGCGGGCGCCCGUAAUGUGGGUAUGAAUGCCAUUUGGGUAGACCGGGCUGAGACAAGCUGGGCCGACAAGGCGCUGCCUGAUGUCAAGCCGACAGCGAUCGUUCACCAUCUGGGAGGGAUUGUAGAGGUGAUCAAGCAACAAUUGUCACUAUAGCCCUCCUACUGCUAGCAGCUUCAUGAAGGUCUUUUUUACAUGGGUUGAGAAAUAGGCAACAUGCCGAAAAUUUUAAAAAGCGAUGUACCACUGUAAAUAUUUCCAAACGCUCCACGCUUAAAGGAGAAGAAUUCGGGGUAAGUCAGCGAGUUACUCUGACCUUCUAUUUCCCCUCCAAGGUUCCACGGUCAAGGAGCUCAGAGUGAAUAAGAAGGUGUUUCAGUUUAU